GAAGGCGGUGUGUCCUGUGUGUUCGGCAUGACCAUGCUUGAAAGUGAACAUCAGGCUACCUGAGGCCAUUCACUCUCCUGCACACAUCAGCCCCUGCAGACGUUUGUUAAUACACAGCGGUGACUCGACGGCGCAGCAUGGAGCAGGUGGAGCAGUCGGAGCAGUCGGGAACAGAGAGCCCCCAACCAUCAUCCAUACAGUCAGACACGUCUACAGCUCCAACGGAGGAAGGAAACAGUGGAACAAGCACCCGCAGGAAGCGCAGGAAGAGGGAGCCACGUCCUGAAUCCAUCAUUGUGUACCGUUCCGACACUGAGAGGACUGAUGGAGACGAACGAAGUGGAGACGUAGAAGUCGCAGAGAGAAACUCAGAAGAAGGGGCUAAAUUUCUCACAACUCCAACCGCGGAAGGAGGGUGGAAUCUACCCCCAGACAGCCGCUAUGUGACGCUAACCGGCACCAUCACACGUGGGAAGAAGAAAGGUCAGAUGGUGGACAUUCAUGUCACACUGACCGAGAAGGAGCUCCGUGAAAUGGCCAAGUCCAAAGAGCGUCUAGAUGCUGAGUGUGAAGCGGCAGCAGGAGGAGGAGCAAAGCGCUCAUGUGGUUUUGGCCUAGAUCAGGGUCCUCAUGUGGUGCUGUGGAGCCUUUCGUGUGCUCCUAUUAUCUUCCUGCUCUCCUUCAUCACCUCGUUUUACUACGGCACACUCACCUGGUAUAACGUGUUCCUGGUGUACAACGAGGAACGGACGUUCUGGCAUAAAAUCACAGUGUGCCCCUUUCUCAUCAUUUCCUACCCGCUGAUCAUCAUGGCUGUGUCGUUGUCUCUCGGGCUGUACUCGGCAGUAGUGCAGGUGUCCUGGGUGUUCAGUGAGUGGUGGUUCUCGGUUAGGGAUCUAGAAAAGGGGUUCUGUGGCUGGGCCUGUGGGAAGCUGGGCCUGGAGGACUGUUCUCCGUACAGCAUUGUAGAAUUACUCGACUCGGACACAAUUUCUGGGAGUCUGCAGGGGAAAGGGCCUAGCGAAAGUGUUCAGACUUCCUCUGUGUGAGACCUGGACUCUGUCACCUGAUGAAUUGGGUUUCUUGGAGUAAAAAUGGUUCCUGGAUUAACAUCGAUUUGCUGGUCUUGGAACAACAUUCCACUUGACCCAUCACCGCUCAUUAGCUUGCACUCAUUAGCUUGCACUUCUUCCUGCUUCUCCUCCAUCUGAGUCCUGAAUGCAUCUGGCAGAUUCCAGAUAACAAGGUUACUGUGUACCUCUAAAUAUCAACUCGCAAAAUUGUUUAGUUGUUGAAAUGUGUGAAACUCUUGACUGCAGCUAAAUACAGUCGAUCUUUUAAUCCCAAAGGUGCAGAAUUAGUUUCUACCUAUGGCUCACUAAUAUUCACUGAACUGAACUGCAGUGAUUAGAUCAGAGGGCGGCACAGUGGUGUAGUGGUUAGCACUGUCACAUCAGAGCAAGAAGGUUCUGGGUUUGAGCCCAGUGGCCGACGGGCCAUUCUGUGUGGAGUUUGCAUGUUCUCCCCGUGUCCGCGUGGGUUUCUUCCGGGUGCUCCGGUUUCCCCCACAGUCCAAAGACAUGCAGGUUAGGUUAAUUGGUGGCUCGAAAUUGACUGUAGGUGUGAAUGGUUGUUUGUCUCGAUGCGUCAGCCCUGUCAUGAUCUGGCGACUUGUCCAGGGUGUACCCCGCCUCUCACCCAUAGUCAGCUGGGAUAGGCUCCAGCUUGCCCGCGACCCUGCACAGGAUAAGCGGCUAUGGAUAAUGUGGAUGAUUUAGAUCAGUAAAUUUGACAAAUCAGAAUGGCAAGCAUCGAGUCCUUGUUUAAUAGAAGAUAUGAAAUUGGUGCAGUUUUAUUUUAAUAUUUUAAUAAAUUAGGAGUUUUGUUUAUUUU